AUGUUCAGCAACGGAACUCUGACGCGCACGACCAGCCAUGUAUCCGACGCCAUAGUCAGCGGCGGUGACACGCGGGCUGACGGCAAAGUGAGCUGCGGCUUUGCGCUCUUGAGGGGCAAGCGCCCGCAGCAAGAGGACUAUGCAUUCACUCAGUGGAGCCAGAUCCCGGGGGCGCCGGCGGGGGAGCAAGUGGGGCUGUUUGGCGUAUUUGACGGCCACGGUGGCACAAACGCCGCCGACUACGUGCAUGGCCACCUUUUCAACAACCUCCUGCGCAAUGAAAACUUCGCGACCGACGCCCGCACCGCCAUAACUGAGGCCUUUGAGCAGACCGACUCGGAAUACCUCAAACAGCACGCCACAGCCACUAGAGAUGACGGGUGCACCGCCGUCACGGCUGUGCUGCUGGGCGAGCGGCUACUCGUGGCCAACGUUGGGGACUCGAGGGCGGUGCUGGCGCGAGGCGGCAAAGCCGUGCCCCUGAGCGUCGACCACAAGCCCAACCUGCGGGAGGAGCGCCUGCGCAUCGAGGACGCCGGCGGCGUGGUCGUGUGGGCCGGCACGUGGCGCGUCAGCGGCGUGCUCGCCGUCAGCCGCGCGUUUGGCGACCGGCCGCUCAAGCGCUACGUGAUCCCGACGCCGGACGUGCGCGAGGAGGCGCUCUCCUCUCGGGACGACAGCGUGAUCCUCGCGUCGGACGGCGUCUGGGACGUGCUGUCGAAUCAGGACGUCGUGACGCUGGUGCAGGGCAUCCCUGAUGCGCAGCGCGCGGUGCGGCGCGUGGUGGAGGAGGCCUACUCCCGCGGCAGCAUGGACAACAUCUCUGCCGUCGUGCUCAAGCUGCGGAUGUAG